AUGGCCGCCUCAGGGGAACCCUCGUGGUCUCCAGAGCCGCCACCUUCACCCGUUCGCGGGCCGCAUGGCGUGCUUCCCCCGACGAGGUUACGGGCUAGUCAAGAGACCCUGGAAACAACUAAAGACUGGCCACCACCGCCUCCAGGAGUGGAACUAGAUCAGCUUGAGGCACCUCCUCCUCCUCGCGCCUUCAUGCCUGGCACCUGGUCCCCUCGGCCCGAGCAUCUACCUCUGACUGCAGCAACAGCUGUGUCGGGAAGUAGAGGCGAUCCCCGAAGCCCUGGUGCACUUGCAGCUGCAGCUGUUGCAGGUGGUGGACCAGUAAUCUAUGACGAUCAUCAUCUUGUGCGUCAUGCAGCUGACUGCCCUGCUCACAGAUUAGUAACAAAGCAAGAGUGUGACCGGUCAAGUAGUCGACCUGCCAGUCGGCCGAGUAGCCGGCCAGCUAGUCGACAAGGAAGUAGAACCACUAGUCGACCAGCAAGUAGGUCAGCUAGUAGAUCUGGAAGCAGGUCAGCCAGUAGGUCUGGUCACAGAUCGGGUUAUAGCUCGCCUGGAAGUGAUCUGCGCUAG